AUGGAAAACUCAAGCUAUAGCUCUAAUCCACACGUCACAUUGGAAGUCAGAGAAGAAAACCCAUACAUAAACCCAUACCCAUACCCAUACCCAUCCCAUGUUUGUGCCCACGAUUUUCUUUCCUUGAAGCUGAGUGAUAGGGAUGAGUAUGGUAUUUGGAAAACACAGAUGCUAUGUCUGUUAGAGAGUCAUGAUAUGCUUGGUUUCAUUGAUGGAACACUCGUAAGCCCUUAUGAAGCCAGUAGUAGUAGUAGUAGUGUUUUUGGGAAGGAGAAAGUGGUUGACUAUCAGCCUCAUCACAAGCUGUGGAGAAGAUCUGAUGCCCUUGUGAAGGGUUGGAUUCUUGGUUCCCUCUCUAAAGAAACACUUGGGUAUGUUCUGGAACAUCUCACAGGAAAACUUCAUCAAGAAGAUUUCAGUGCAAAAGAUGUUUGGGAUGAACUGCAGACUAUGUACCGUGUUGCUGUUCUUCCACAACUUCCUCCUUUUGGUGAAGAUACACUACAAGAUCAAGACAGAGCAAAGGAUCUCGAGAGAUUAUACGGUUAUACUCAAAAAGCUAAUUGGAAUGGGGUGGAAGAGAUAUUGAGGCAGGAAAGGGUUACAGUGAUGGACAAAAUCACGAAUAAUGGAAACACCACGCUCCAUGUAGCAGUCGGCACUUCCAAGGACGGGAAAUUCUUUGAGAAAUUGUUGGAAAGAAUACCGCAGAAGACACAGAAGAAAAGGGGUACAGUGGAAACAGGAGAUGGAGCAGGUGAAGCCGGAGCAGGAGCCGGAGAUGUUGGUUCUGGUUUGUUGGGAAUGACCGGUGGAUCCGAGGCCACAGUGGGAACAGUAGGUGGCGUAACAGGAAGCGUUGAUAAUGGUGGAGAUAUCCUCGGAAUGGCAGGUGAGCUGCUGACACAUCUAUUGGAUGUGACAAAUUCAGAUGGAAGCACGCUGCUUCAUGUCGCUGCCAUUAUUGGCAACACUAAAGCUGCUGACAUCUUGGUGAGAAUAAACCCAGAUUUGUUGUUGGCCAAGGAUAAGGAGGGUCAGAACACCACUGGCCUUGGCUCUUUCUAA